AUGCUGUUUGAUCCGCUACGAGCAUCCUGUGCACACAUCUCGGCAUGCUCGACAGUCCGAGCGCUGCAUGCUGGACACGGCAUGCGAAUGUUCGGCCAGAACACGAACUCGGAUCAGGCGUGGCAUGAACAAACCAGUUUGUCGGUGGUGUUUGGCAUGGAUUCACUCGUGCACAUGCACCUUCUCGCCCCGCUGCGCGCUGCUCGCAAGUAUCACCCGCGGGCUCCGAUCUGCAUUGCUGCAUGCGAUGCUCGCACGGCGCGUCCGCAGCAUCACCAUGCACAGCAAGUACACGCGGGGACGACUGCGGCUGGCGCCAAAUGGCCGCAGCCCGCACGUGCACCCAUGAUCUACAUCGCUGCAGCUUUGAGAGAUGUCACAUCUGCAUCCGAUCCGAGAUGGUGUGCAGAUGGCGAGGCGAAAGAGGCAUCGGUCGCUGCAUCCAAGCUGGGCUUUCCCAUGCAAGAGCGAAAGAAAGGCCGUCCGGGUCCAGGCGCCCCACACAGCCUAACGGCAUUCCUGCCCAGAGGCAUGCGAGACGGCUUUGUUUUGACAGGCCUCGUGUUUGAAACGAAACAGAUUCGAACCACAAGCCCAGGCGCGGCCACAGUGAACCGCGACGGACUCCGCAAGACACACUAG